UAUGACGAAAUGCGAUGGACAACAAGAGAUCAUGAUAAAACAACGGCAACAAAACGUUGGGAAUUAAUCGUUUCUUAUGCGCCAGAUUGGGUACUUACCGUUCUUACUGCCGGUCUCUUACAGAUCAUAAACAACGUUUAUGGUUUCAGACGGGAAUUCUCCUUGACCGAUACAAGUAUUCAACAUACCUAUGCAACUCAUGAACGGGUCAGCGUUGGACUCUUGGCAGUCUUGGCUUUCGUUAUCCCUCUUGUGAUCAUGGCCGUUGUUUCUUUGGGCAUCAGUAGAAGUGUUUGGGAUUUUCAUGCUGGCUUUCUUGGUCUGGUUGUUGCACAUGCUUUCACACUUACUGCAACCACGAUUAUCAAAGUAUGCGUCGGAAGACCAAGACCGGACUUUAUCGAUCGUUGUCAACCUAGAGCGGGAAGCGUAAAUGCAUCUCCCUAUGGCUUAGCAACACAAGCAGUUUGUACGACAGACGUCACCUCCCACUUAAUCCAAGAUGGUUUCCGAUCUUUCCCUUCAGGACAUUCCAGUACUGCAUUUGCAGGUUUGACCUUUUUGACUUUAUGGUUCGCAGGCAAAUUCCACCUCUGGCAACGUGGAAGAGGAAACGCUUUCGCUUCUUGGAUCUUGUUCAUUCCUAUGUUAGGAGCCACUUUGAUCGCCGUUUCAAGAACGAUGGAUUAUCGUCAUCAUGCCACAGACGUUAUCGCAGGUGGUAUUCUCGGUUUCGUGAUCGCUUUAUCGGCUUAUCACAACUAUUAUCCUCCCUUGUGGCAUUAUCAAAGUCAUAAACCUUGGACGCCAAGA